AUUGAAAUAUCCAUCAAAUUCUUUAAUUUAACUUAAUAUUACACUAUAAUCAAAAAUCGAUUAUUCAUAAGUUUUUUAAAAAAAAAAAAAAAAAAAACUUAAAGAAAACAUAACGCCGUCGCUUAGCAAACUCAACAUCAUUAACAAUUGUCCAAGGAUUUAAUACAAAGAUUUAUUUAUAUUUGCAAUGCAAAGAUUGUGAGGGUGACUGACGCCAGCAGUAAAAGGAAUUAAAUUAGUUCGCCAAAGUUCAAGUGCACACAAACAACAACCUUUAACAGCUCUAUAAAUUAUUUAAAGAAAAGCUAAAAAGUUUUAUACAUUAUUCUUGGCCAGAGCGACAGAAAGAGAGAGAGAGAGAGAUAAAUAAUUUGUCAUUAGUUUGUGAAAAUAAAAGGAAAUUAGCUAAAGAUAUUAAAAUAGCUGUAAGACAGAGGCAGACAGACAGAAUUUGUGCCAAACCAGUCAAGCUAAAGUUGUCUUUCUUCGUUUAAACUUCCGUGCCAAGAAAGGGAUUAAAUGAUAAAAAAGGAUUUCCUACUUAAGACAGCAAUAACCAGCUCAUAAAGCAGAAAUUUUAACUAAAAGAUCCUCUCUCACCAAAAUACACAACACAUACAAAAUGGUCGCUCCUAGGGUAACAUUUGUAGGCACUAAACUGCAACACAUCUUAAGCCUUUUGCUGGUCUUUGUUAGCAGUUCCCUAAUGACCUCCAAUACCUUCGCUUUAACCUCAUCCACCACCUGCGGACCUAAUUUUCCAGCAGCCUGCAACUGUGGCCAUGAAAUGUACGAAAGCACCUAUCAAUAUGUGGUCAAUUGUACUAAUGCUGGUCUGAGGAACACCAGUGUUUUGGAAUUUAUGCCACAAGAAGUGGAAAUAUUGAUAUUUACUGGCAACUUUAUACCCGAAUUACCCUGGAAUGUAUUCGGCUCGAUAAACAACUAUAAGAAUUUGAAAAUUGUGGACAUGAGCAAUAAUCAUAUACGAGAAAUAAGAGGCAAAUCCUAUCAUCAUGUACAAAAUGUGGAAAGACUUAUAUUGAAUCAUAAUAAUUUAAGUAUAUCCAGAGAUGAUGAUGAAAUGAAUCAUCAUCAUCCAAGAGUAUUUUCCAACUUUUUGAAUUUGCAAAGUUUGCAUUUGACAGAUGCUUUUGAUGACAAUAGUUCUCCGCAAUUGAGUGAGGAUUUACAUGACAUUUUCAUGAACAGCCAAUUGACCAAAUUGGAGAAAUUGCAUUUGGAACAAAAUGAAAUAACACAUUUUAAGGACCGCAAGGUGUUUUGUGAUCUACCCAGUUUGAGAGACUUGCAUUUGGGUGAUAAUUUCCUGAAGGAUAUUAAUUUUGAGGUGAAUUGCUUGAAGAAUUUGAGAUUUUUGGAUUUGGAGCGCAAUAAGUUUGAGUUUGUUAAGACCCAUGAUCUGCUGCUGCUGAAUGAGUUGGAAGCACGACCCGAUCGCAAUACCAAUUUAAUAGUGGACUUUAAUUUAAAUCCCUUCACCUGUGACUGUAAAAUAAGCCCCUUCCGCACUUGGAUUCAUUCGACCAAUGUUACGGUGCGCAACAAGGAAACAUUGAUGUGUUUCCACAACAAAGUGGAUCCUUUGCCGAUUUUGGAGCUGGAUAUGAACGAAUGUUCGGCGGCCAUAGCAGCAGCCACCAUCAUGUUCACCACUGCCAAUGACAAUCAUUAUGGUGCCAUGCACCAAGACUCAGGUUUGGCCAGACACACUGCCACUCUGAUAUUCUUGUUGAUUGUGUUGAGCAUGAUACUGCUGGGUCUGGUUAUAGCCUUGAUUUAUGUUAGUCGUGAUAAAUUGAAAUUUAUGAUUACACCCGUCUUCGAUAAUGUGGCCAAAAAGGUACAAUAUACCACCAUCAAAGAUGAAGAUUGUCCUGAAGUUCAUGUCUAAGCAAGCGUUAGAAGAGUGUUAACAUGAAACUUGACUUGUAGAUCCCUCCUAGAAUCCGUUCUACUCCUCAACCCCCAAAACAAACAACCUAACUACAAUAUACUUAAUAACUAAUCCUGCUGCAGUAAAAACAUGUAAAAUAUUUAAAACAGAAAAAUUAAAUAAACUAAAAUAACAUUUUUAUUAUUUUAGUUUUGCAAUCUUAAGAAGACAGUAAACCUUAAAUUAGUCAGUUAUUUAUUUUUGUUUUUAUUAAUAAAUUCUUUAAAAUUCUCCUUAAAUUAUAAAAUUUGUGCCAUUAAACCUAAAAAAUGAGAUAUUUUUGCAUAAACAAUGGGUCCUUUGAAAUUGAAAGUUAUAGAUCUUUCAAACUUUUGUUACG